AGAGCCUUAGACCUGCCCCCUCCCCGAGCAUCCCCUCCCUCCCAAGCCAAUAAGAACGCAGAGAAGCGAGCCCACGUGCCUGGGACUGCUGUCACUCACCAACCGCGAGCUUCUGCGCUUCAGGCUGGGGUUGCUGGGUGUGCGCGCCCUUCUGGGCGGUUUAGCGGCGAGAGGAGCGGCGCAACGGUGUCUUGCAACGAUGGCGGUGGAUCUUGGCGCAUGGGGCGGCCCGCUGAGCCUCACUGAGGUGGACGAGAAGCCGGCCAAGCCUCUGCGGGUCCGCUAUGGGGGAGUGGAGAUCGACGAGCUGGGCAAAGUGCUCACUCCCACCCAGGUUAAAAAUCGCCCAACAGACAUAGAGUGGGAUGAUUGCAGUCCAGAGAAACUUUAUACCUUGGUUCUCACUGACCCUGAUGCCCCUAGCAGGAACAACCCCAAGUUCAGAGAAUGGCACCAUUUCCUGGUGACCAACAUGAAGGGCAAUGAUAUCAGCAGUGGGUGUGUCCUGUCUGACUACGUUGGCUCUGGGCCUCCCAAAGGAACAGGGCUGCAUCGCUAUGUUUGGCUGGUCUACGAGCAGCCCCAGCAGCUGAACUGCAACGAGCCCAUUCUCAGCAACCGAUCUGGCGAUCAGCGUGGCAAUUUCCAAGUGGCAGCAUUCCGCAAGAAGUAUAAGCUGCCCCCUCCCCUGGCGGGCACGUGCUACCAAGCUGAAUGGGAUGACUAUGUGCCAAAGCUCUAUGAGCAGCUCUCUGGGAAGUAGGACAGCCCCAUUUCCCCGCCCUCUUCCCCUGCCCUGUAGUGUUAAAUGAGUGGCAUGAACACCAGUAGAGGUACCCAGGCCACUCCUGGCAGUGUUGACUUGGUAAAAUGUUUUUUAACUGGCUAGUUGUUAGUGGGGACAGCAACUCCGGUCAGAUUUGUCAUACUGGCCUCACUUAGAGAGCUGUCCAUCUUGUUGCUAUUCAGAUUCACAAUGAACUCUGAAAUGUAUAUUUGGAGGAAAAAAAUUUGGCUAGACAGUUGCUUUUUUGCAAAUCUUUUGCAAAGUCUGAUGGUAGAAUCUGGUCUUUCUGUGUGCUUGAAAUGACACUGUUGUUGUCACUUUCCCUUCUAUUUAAUGAUUUGCUACUGUGACUGGGUGCUAAUGGUUCAUUCUAGCAGAGUUUACUGCCUUGUAAGCCCAUGACUUCUGUCUAUGCUUAGGAUGGCAUUGCAAACAUUCUUGUUUGGAAGGGAUUUCCUUCAAAACUGGUGGGACUUCAGGCCAACUCAUGAAUGGCCUUGGCAGUGCCUCUACUGCUGCAAAGUGCCUCUACUGCUCUCUCUCACCCAUGGCUGUCGCUGAUACCAUGCAGAUGUUGCAGUUGUCUCCACUACAGCCGGGCUGCUGCUCUUGUUAUGAGAAGUACUCAUAAUUGUUCAGCUACUCAUGUGACAUAAAUAAUCUCUGAGUUAUCAUAAAGAUGCCAGCGGAGGAGCAUUUUUUUUGGCUGCAGCCACAGAGAUCAUGUAUGAAUUGGCCUAAAGUUCCAGUAAAUAUAUUUUAGGAUUGCAUUCUGAGUUUUGAAAUCCCUGAAUUGGAUUUCUCUCUCGCUCAUGUCAUUAGGAUCUCCCAGCAGAGUCAACAUAAAUGUAGAAUGGCCUAGUCUGUGAUUUAAGAAUAAGCUGUCCCUACCUUUAAGGUGACGACCUAGUACAUUGUAAUGGGGCCACAACUGGUAAAUGCUGCUGACUUCUAAUUCUUUCUUUAGGGUGCUGUUAUCUCCUUUUCUGUAUCUCUCACCAGGAUCUCAACAUUCUUGUGGCUGGGUAGGAGUGUUCUAUGACUUCUUUUCUUCUGUCUUGUUUUGCCAGAAUUAACACACAAAGUGGGAACUGCACAGGUUAGGUAGACCUUUAAAAUACCCUGAGAGGUCUCCUGAUUUAGUACACAAACUGUCACUUGCAUGGAAAGCCCUCUGCUGGCGCUGGGGUGUGGUUUAUGCAAUU